AUGUCACCGGAAGCCCUGUCUUCACUGUUCCAGCACCGCCCCAUCCGACCGUUACCCAAGCGGAGGCUCCGAGAACGACUGUCCCCCGAGGCUGCGGAUUCGAUCGAGUACCCGCCUUCAAAUCAGAACUCGAGCCCGUUAUUUCUGUAUCCUGGAGUCAUUCGCGAGGAGCCUUCGCCGACGUUGGGCAAGAAUUAUACAGUGGUUCGAGACUCCGGAUACGAGGAUGGUCCCGGGGGCAGCGCGGAGGGCGGAGAGAGCGACGAGGAUGAGUCGAAACGAUUUUCCAACAGCAAGGUUGUGCGCCGAUCACAUCCCGAGAUCCUGAACCGAGCCGCCGCCUCUGCCUCUGCCUCUGCCUCUGCCUCUGCCGCCGCCACUGGCCAAGGUCCCAAACCCGGUCAAUCCAAGAACCACACGCCGCAGCCGCCACCUUCUACAGCGUCGUCGGCCGAUGGCUACGACUCGUUCGAGAACACGAAUAACAAGAAGAAGCGCAAGAUACCGACGGCGGGCGACUCGUCCUUAAAUGGCACUCACUCCCUGGCAGAGGGUAACUCUAUUGGCGUAUCGGGGAGCACUCCUCCCUCGAACGAUGCUGACUUGUCCGGCAUGGCCUCCCCUUCCUAUUAUGGAACGGGUACCUUCGUUUCGAACAGCCAGGGCAUUUCUGGACCGGGAAGAGGGAGGUUCGGCCGGUCCAGGAACGGGCGGAGCCCCUUGAGAGCUCUGUCCGACGCUGCCAACAGCUGGGUCGGGCGAGGAGUCAAGCCCCGGCCUCCUCAGUGGCCGGGUAGCCCAAACGAGAGUUCAGGGAUUAUAUCCAGCGCUAUUGCCAAGGCCGAGAAGUUGUCGGGCAGUGCUGGCCAGGAAAACGUCAGUUUGCUGCAUCAACCCCCGUCCCACACGGCCAAGCCAAGGCCGACAUCAGCCCAGUUCACCUUUACAUGCGAUUCCCAAGUCCCUGGUACGCAGUGGCCUGGUACGGACCCGGGUGUACACUCAUUGCUAUCGCUCUCUGGGUACGCGGGGAUGAGCAAAAGUAAGCACGCAUCGAUGGCAACGCAGACGGGAGUCGAUCCGGCCGGAGUGUCCGGUGGAAGCAGCAGGGUGCUUCCGAAUCCCAGGGCAUCGGGAAAGAAGAAGAAAAAUCGGCGCCGCGGGGAGAAAGAGCUCCAAAUGGCGGCGGCGCGACGGCGCCAGGAGGCAUACGAGAAACUGACUAAUCAUGCGCCGCGGCCGGAGGAUGUCUGGAUUUGUGAAUUCUGCGAAUACGAAAGAAUUUUUGGCGUCCCCCCCUACGCGCUUAUUCGGCAAUACGAGCUCAAGGACCAGAAAGUCCGACGACAGGAGGAGGAGAGGAAGCGAUUGUUGGAGAAGGCCAAGGCCAAGAGCAGGAAGGCUAAAAAGGCUCCCAAGUCGCCGCCCAAGUCGACGCAAGACUCGCACUCCGCCGCACAUGCACAUUCGCACAACAUGGAUUCCACCAGCGCUGGCCAGUCCAACACCACGGACGAAGAAUACCCGCAUCCUCCGGAGGACGAUUUCGAUAACUACUCUCUAGAAGAUCCCCCUAUGCUUCUUUCUGAUGAUCCGGGUCCGGACGAUGUUGGCCCUGAACGCGACGUCAAGGAAGCCGGGAAGUCUGAGGGCGAACGAGAUCGAGACCGAACGGGGCCCGAUUUAAAACAUCACCAAUACCCUCCCUCCGGCGAUCCACUUCGACACACAACAACCACGGGCGGUGUCGCAACUUGA